AUGGCAUCGCAGAAGAUCACCUCUGCUCUGGCGGAGAUCGAGGCAUCGGCCAACCCCCAGAACAAACUACAGCUCUACAGUGACCUUCUUGCCAACGUCGUAUCGACAGCGUCCGAAGAGCAGCUGGCCCAGGAUCUCAUUUUCUAUCUCGAUUCCGUCUUGAAUGAAGACAUCAGCAUUGUCGCCGCCCGCCCCAUACUCGACUCGUUCAUCGACGUGCUCCGAAAACUCGAUUCAGAAACCAAGAUCAAAGUCGGCCAACACGCCGUCACUCUUCUCCAGUCCCGAUCCACCUCCAUCGAAGAGCAGGACUCUCAGCUCCGAGAGCUACUGGCAGAUGCAUACGAGUCGCAGGAAGAAUAUAGUGCCGCUGCGCGAGCGCUGCAGGGGAUCCAUAUCGACAGUUCGCAACGGCUUGUCUCAGACGCAGCCAAGGUGCGGUUAUGGAUCCGGAUUGUGCGACUAUACCUGGAAGAGGAUGACACUACCACUGCGGAGGCAUUUUUGAACCGCAUCAAAAACCUUCCCAGCAAGAUCGAGGACCACGAGUUAAAAUUGCAUUUCAAGCUCUCCCAAGCCCGCAUCCUGGAUGCCCGGCGACGGUUUCUAGAUGCCAGCCAGGAAUAUUUCAACGUCAGUUUGGCGGCGGGGGUGGACGAGAGUGAUCGAUUGCAAGCUCUGGCAGCUGCGAUUCGGUGCGCCGUCCUAGGCCCCGCUGGCCCCCAACGUUCCCGGUCCCUGGCCACGCUCUAUAAAGAUGACCGGGCCACCUCUGUGGAGGAGUUCAGUAUCCUGGAGAAGAUGUUUCUUGACCGGUUACUCACCCCUGCGGAAGUUGCAGCGUUCUCGGAGCGGUUGGCACCGCAUCAACUCGCCCAGACCGCCGACGGCACCACGGUGCUCGACAAAGCGGUGGUCGAGCAUAACCUGGUGGCCGCCAGCAAACUAUAUGAGAAUAUCACCACCGAUGCCCUGGGGGCCAUCCUGGGACUCGAGAGAAGCGGGGAUCUAACGGCGGGCGAGAAGGCCGAGACGUAUGCGGCGCGGAUGGUGGAGCAGGGCCGACUGAGCGGUAGCAUUGACCAAAUUGCAGGCGUGAUCUACUUUCAAUCAGGCACAGCUGCUACCGGAAGACAUAUUCGACAGUGGGAUGCUGGGGUGCAGGGACUCGCAGAGGAUGUGGAAAGGGUAGCGACCAGUAUUACGGAUGCUUUUCCGGAGUUCGCUGCUGGACAGACAGUACAUUAA